AUGAGCGGGAAAAUAAUUGUGUCUGCGGUUUCCCUCAUCCUUGUGGUUGGGGUGGUGAUCGGCGCCGUCGUGGUGGUUCACAACAAGAACACAGACCCUCAGGUCACGGAACGCCAGCAUGCGGUGAAAGCAAUGUGCCAGAACACGGAGGACCAAAAGCUUUGCCACGACACUCUGGGCAGCGUGCGGAACAGCUCAGACCCAAAAGCAUUCAUAGCCGCCGCCUUGGAAGCCACCACCAACAACGUCAUCAAGGCUUUGAACAUGAGCGAUAAGCUCAGCGUUGAACAAGGCAACAGCUCCCAAGGCAUCGUCAAGAUGGCCCUCGAUGACUGCAAGGACUUGCUCCAAUUCGCCAUGGAUAGCCUCCAGGCUUCCACUGACUUCCUGGGCAGCAACAGCGUCCAAUCCUUGAGCGAUCGAUCCCCUGACUUCAAGAAUUGGCUCGCUUCUGUCGUCUCCUACCAACAGGCCUGCAUGGAUGGCUACGACGAAAACGUCGACGGUGCCCAACAGAUCAAGUCUCAGCUUCAGGAGAAUGGUUUGGACAACGUGGGGAAGCUCACCGGCAUAGCCCUUGAUAUUAUGGCUGAUUUAGAAAGCAUCCUGAACCAGUUUGGUUUGAAGGUGCAAGUGAACCCUGCUUCUCGUCGUCUUCUUGAGGUGGACAGCGAAGGGUAUCCGACCUGGUUCUCAGCCGCUGACCGCAAGCUGUUGGCCAACGUAGCGAGGGGAAGGGGACAUCAUAUCAAGCCCAACGUUGUGGUGGCCCAGGAUGGCAGUGGCCAGUUCAAGACCAUCAUGGCCGCUGUUAACUCUUAUCCUAAGGGUUUCAAAGGAAGAUAUAUCAUCCAAGUCAAGGCUGGUACUUACCGUGAGUAUGUCGUCAUUCCUAAGACGGCCGUCAAUAUCCUUAUGUACGGUGAGGGCACUGAUAAAACCAUCGUCACCGGUAACAGAAACAAUGUCGAUGGUUACACCACAUCGAACUCAGCUACUUUCGUAAAUACCGCAAACGGGUUCAUCGGCAAGUACAUGACAUUUAUGAACACCGCGGGUCCCGAAAAGCACCAAGCAGUGGCAUUCAGGAACCAGGGAGAUAUGUCGGCUAUGUUCGAUUGUUCUUUCGUGGGUUUCCAGGACACGUUGUACGCUCAAAGCAAUCGUCAAUUCUACAGGAACUGCGACAUCUCCGGUACCGUUGACUUCAUUUUUGGAAUGUCCACCACGUUGAUCCAGAGCUCCCGAAUCAUCGUAAGGAAGCCAAUGGACAACCAAUUCAACACAGUGACGGCAGAUGGCACGUCCGAGAAGAACGCACCCACAGGAACAGUCAUCCAGAACUGCGACAUUGCUCCAGAGAGCGCUCUGUUCCCGGUGAGGUUCAAGAUUAGAUCCUACCUGGGAAGGCCGUGGAAGCAAUAUGCUAGAACUGUGGUGAUGGAAUCCAGAAUAGCUGACUUCAUUCAAGCCGAUGGGUGGACCCCAUGGUCAGGAAGCAUUUACCUCAACACAUUAUACUACGCAGAGUAUAACAACGAAGGACCUGGCGCUAAUGUUGCCAAGAGGGUUAAGUGGCCAGGUUACAAGGGCCUCAUCAGUAAGGCUGAAGCUACCCAGUUCACCGCCGGCCAGUUCCUGAGAGGUGGUCCCACUUCCCGAGCUGAGGACUGGAUGAAGCCCCUUCAUGUUCCUUUUGACAUUGGCUUCACCAAGCCUUGA